AUGCAUAUUUUCUUGUCACUAAGGCCUCUCAAAGGUCUGGAUAACAGGCAGGUGAUUCAGAUCGCAUGUGGAGACCAUCAUUCAAUGGCACUAACCCACGAUGGUCAGUUGUUCGUAUGGGGUGAUAACUCUUAUGGUCAGCUGGGUUUAAAGAAAGAUCAUCCCGCCUCUCAGUCAGCUCAACAUGUUCAGAGUCUGAGUGGGAUCCCACUGGCUCAGAUCAGUGCUGGAGGAGACCACAGCUUUGGGUUGUCUCUCUCUGGAGUCGUGUUUGGAUGGGGAAAGAACUCUGCUGGACAGCUGGGCUUCGGGGACACUACAGACAGACACAUUCCAACGGUUAUAAAGAGUCUUAACCAGAAGAAAAUUGUGUCCAUCUCAUGUGGAGGGGAGCACACUGCUACUUUAUCAAAGGGUGGCACAGUAUUCACAUUUGGAUCAGGAGGUUCUGGUCAGCUUGGGCACAACUCAUUUAAAGACGAACAUCAUCCGCGGGUGGUUGCUGAACUGUGGGGAUCUGAAGUGUCUCAGGUCACAUGUGGGAGACAUUACACACUCGUAUCAGUCGCAUCGUCAAAGCGGAUCUACUCAUUUGGAUGUGGGAUGCAAGGGCAGCUGGGAAAUGGAAAAAUGAUCAAUGAGUCUGUGCCUUUUCCUGUGAAUCUGCCAACUGAAUGUAAUCAUGAAUAUACGACCGAAAAACUCAUAGCUGGGGAGAAUCAUUCCUUUGCCUUGUUUUUCAAAGAACUUGGAAAGUCUAAACCCAAUCCUAUAAGAGGGGUUUUGACAUUAAAUGACAGAAUGAUUGACCGCUGGGUGUCUGAAAGAGACUCAUGGGCAGCAAUAAAGAAGGAAAUAAAACAAGUGUUCUCCUCUGCUGCUUGUCUGAAUGGAAGUUUUCUCAAAGCAAGUCAUGAUGAACAGGAUUUUGAACUGGCUGAAAAAGCUUUUUCAAAGUUAUUAGGGAAUGAAAAGGUGAUAUCAAAGGUAGUGGAGGUGGUUCAGCAGAUGCUGCGAUCUCUGAAUCCCAAGCCAUUUGGUGAGGAAUCGCUGAGACUUUACAUUCUCCUGCCUGAGCUCAUCAGACGUCUCCAAAAACAACAACGAACUGAACUCACUGAAGUUCUUGCCUCCAAAAUUCUUGAGCUGAAUCCUGAUGCUCGCAAGGUUUUAGAGAAGCACUGGUCCAAACUCCCGGAUGAUUGCCUCAAAAGCCUGGUCAAGUUAUUCCACAAACCAUCUGCUGAGAUGAUUGGCCAGAUUUCUCGUGGUGAAAUGAAUCAGGAUACACAACACUUGGAGAACUUUCUGCAGAUCCUUCGGAUGAUCAAUCAGGUCUGCUGCAGUGCCGACAGAGACUUCACAAACAGGGAUUUCAUCAUUCAUGAGAUUAAUGAUCUACUGGAUACGCUGCAAGCCACCAUGGAAGACCUGGAAGACUGGUUUGAUUUCUGUGAAACCCAUACAGAAAAAUACUACAUUGUGGGUAUUCAAGGCUUCUAAUAUAAUACAUAUGAAUAUUUGCAUAAACUUUUUAUGUUCUUUGUUCAAUAACUAUAAGAAAUCCUAUAUUACUACCAUGCAUCUUUCUUUCAGGGAA